CUGAGUGGUGUGUUCAGGAGCGCUGCUGAGAGGGGAGAUGCUUUCCUUCGCGCAUGAGUGAGCCCAGCGUCCCCUCCACUCGCUAUUUUCCCCUCUUUCUCUCUCUCUCUCUCUCUCUCUCUAUUCUCAUUCCUUCUCUUUUUCUGGGACCAUCUGCCGCCUUGCUCACUGCCUCAGAAGACAACACACUCGCUUGCUCCUCCUGCUCACCACACACAGGAGAGGGAAGACAUGGCUUUGACACUCAGAUAUUCUGAAGUGAAGUUUGGUUUCAUAUGAGGAUGCCACUUUUCCCCUUCUUACUGAGAUAAGGUGCUGAUGGUGAAGAGAGAAGAGACCAUGCAAGCCACCAGCGUCCAGCCCACCGCAGAAGAGCGCCUCGGGGGUGGUCAUCGCCCCUCCCUGAAGUCCGAGAGAACCAACUCAGAUGACCAUCCGUCCCGGCCCCUCACGGAGCUGCGGGAGAGAAUCCAGCCGGAGGUGACUGAGCUGAUCAAACAGCAGCGGCUGCACCGUCUAUGCGAGGGCACCUGUUUCCGCAAGAUCAGUGCGAGGAGGAGACAGGACAAGUUCUGGUACUGUCGCCUGUCUCCGAACCACAAGGUUCUCCACUACGGCGAUGUGGAUGAGAACACACAGACACAAGUAGCCCACGAUUCCCUGCAGGAGAAAUUGAACAUUUCCGAUAUCAAGGCUGUACUCACGGGCAAGGAUUGUCCGCACAUGAAGGAGAAAGGAGCGCUCAAGCAAAACAAGGAGGUGCAGGAGCUGGCGUUCUCCGUCCUCUAUGACUCAGAGGCCAGCCUGAACUUUGUGGCACCAGACAAACAUGAGUACUGCAUUUGGACUGAUGGCCUGAAUGCCCUACUGGGUAAAGAGAUGACUAGCGAGCUCACCAAAUCUGACAUGGAAACCCUCAUCUCCAUGGAGAUGAAGCUUCGCCUUCUGGACCUCGAGAGCAUCCAGAUACCAGACGCCCCUCCGCCGGUUCCGAAGGAGCCGAGUACCUAUGACUUUGUCUACGAUUACAGCCAGCAGACUUAAAGACAGGGGAGACCCCCAAACUGCCCCCCCUCCUCUUCUCCUUGCACUCCCUCCGUAGGUUGGUCAUUGAGGAGUCCUGUAGGAAACACUCUUAUCUCCUCUGCAAGGCUGUUGUGAUAAGUGCGGUGGAGACGUGCCCGAGGCGUCUCGCUGUUCCGUUUAAACCCCUGGACCACUUUGACACAAUUUCUCCUGCUGGGAUUCCAUCCCGGCUGCCCUGUCCUUGUUUCUCUGAUAGUAAUUGGACAAAGUGUUCUGUGACGGCCAAGUGUAGUCCCCAAGGCUGAAUCCACACAGCUCAAGUGCAGAGUGAAGACGCCGGUCUGGACUGAUGAGCAGGGACAGAGUGAGGCCAACGCUUUGCAAUUGCAGAGACAUUCAGCAAAUUAGUUACAUUUCACAAGACACCAUGUAAUAAGUAUUCCAACACAAUUCUGUACUUUUCUGACACUUAAUUUAAUUAAAAACCAGACAGCUGUUA